CCUUUUAAGCUGCACAACCAAAUGAGCAUGGAUUACAGAACAACAAGUAUAUCCGCAACCCAGCUCCCAUGAAACUCUCGGCACUCUUUUUCGUCGUGGCCUCUGCCUACACCGUGUUGGCUGCACCCAUUGCUAUGGGCAGUGAUUCAUUGGUAGCAAGAAGCGUUUUGGAGGAGGCUCGUGAACCUGGUGCUCCGGACUGGAAGCGGACAGUUGACUCUCCAGACUGGAAACGGACGGUUAACUCUCCAGACUGGAAGCGGACGGUUGACUCUCCGGACUGGAAGCGGACAGUUGACUCUCCAGACUGGAAGCGGACGGUUGAAUCUCCAGACUGGAAACGGACAGUUAACUCUCCAGACUGGUAAACACGGAAUACCGCAAAAGUGAUGAAUGGGCCAGCUCUGCAUAAUGAUAUCCACCUCAUUCAUCGCUCGUCUUUUUCUUUCUCGCAUUUCAUUUAGUUUUUACAAUCAUAAACGGACACAUGUCUCGUCUUCCCUUUGCACUCUACUUUUAAUCGAUAUGGUCAUCUGCGUCAUCUAUAGAACGGAGCGGGCUAAUUGUGGUGGGUUACCACGGAGUAAUCGAUGUACUCUUAGGUCA